CGACACCGUCCAGCAAAACGUGAAGCGUGUACUGGGUCCAUAGCAACGAAAGGCUGAACAACCAGUUUAUGUAUAAAAUACUUUGAUGCGAACAGUCUUACGCGUAUUCACGCCGUCCAUCAAAAAUGUCGUCAACUUUUAGCGCUCCUGGUCGGCCAAAUUAUGUGAAGUUGUCAGCUGUGAAAGAGGGGAUGUACCACCCCAAAAUACCAACAUUUCGUCGCAUGGACAUGGACACUGCAGCACAUAAAUUACCAGAAGAACAUUGUCGAACUACGACUACAUGUGGACCCGGAGAUUUCAAGAAUGCGAACAUCACAUUGUUUCGAUCCCCUGCCAGAUCACUGUCAUGUACGAGGAUUACAGAAACUGGACGCUCGUUGAGGGAGAUAUAUCCACCUUCAAAUUUUCAACUAAG